ACUAAUUUUUACAAUAUUGUAACAGAAGAUAGUAUUUAAUCUCUAGAGUGUAAAUUUCAAGGAAAUGAGCAUCUCCAAAACAAUAUUGUCAUUUAGCAGGAGCUUAUAUUAGCCUCAUAUCUGUUUGUUGUCAAUUGAAGUAAAAAUGCUCCUUUGCUAAAUUUUAGAUUUAGAAAAUUGAAGAGGGGCGAUGAGACAACAAUGGAUGGAGGAACUGUUUGGAUCAUUAUUUUCGUUGAUAGAAUAACGACGAAGGUGAUUUUUGUUGGGUUUGCUGACGGAGCUCCGAUGUUGUCUUGGCGGAGGUACGACUGUUGGCUUGGUUUUACCGGUCAUGGCUGGUCAAAAAUCGUGGUGGAUGACUUGCCGGUUGUUCGUUGCUGGUUGAGCGGCGAUCGAUUCAGCGUGACUGCCAGCACUAGUUCGCCGGAGGAGGAAGUGGCAGCAGCCAUCGUGGCUCGUCGACGAAUAGGUGUGCCGAUUUGGGUUUCACCGGUGUUGAUGGCGGUGCAGCGACUGUGGGUUUGACUGAUGGCGGAAAAUGU